CCCUCCCUCUCCUCACCUUCUCUAUUCCUUUAUUCUUCAAUUCUUCAAUUCUCCAAUCCAUCAACUUCCUCUUUCCCUCCUUCCUUUAUUCCUCUCUACUACGUCUAUUGUCGAUUGAACAAUAGUUCAGCUAGAAAGCCUUACCUUAGAUUAUGGUAUAUCACCGGCAAAGUCAAAGGAGAUGGAACACCCAAUCGGGGAACAAAAUCUUGAUUCUCAUUCUUCCUUUGUAAUCCCAAGCUCAAUUUUACAAAUCAAAAAUGGAGGAAUCAUCAUCAACAAUCUUACGAUCGAAGAUCUCACGAGAAGAGUUCCUUAAGAAUUUCCUGCCAGCGUGUGGCAUGCCAUUUAUUUCGCCGCCGUCUGAAGAAGUUAACGAUGAAACAUCACCAGCAAAGUCAAAGGAUAUAGAAAGACCAGUCAACGAACAGGUGUCUGGAAUGAUAACACUUGAAUCAAAGAGUCCUUGUUAUUGGAAAACUGAGGAUUCAAUUUACACAUCUGUCCCUUUGAGCUAUCUGGAGACUAUCAGUAUUCUAAGGUCGAUCAUAACUGUCAAAUGUGGUCAAUUUGCAAGGUAUAAACUCUCAAUUAUGCCAAAUACUAUUAAUGCUAACAUUGUUUCAGGAUGGCGAUGACUGCGUACAAUUGGACUGCACAAAAAACCAUGUCAGCCCAAUCUGCCCUGACGCACUUUUGGAUGGUGUGUUUGAUCUCAAAAGGCAAAGUGGACACUACUUCAAGCGGUUCAUACAUCCACAAAACUCCGAAAUUCAACAAAAUCAGGAGGUUCUUGUGAUUCCACAAUUACGGCACAUUUAUAUCCAUCGCAUGAAGCAUCUCCAGCUGCCACGAGACGUAUGUCCGACGUCGGUAUUACUGCCAUCAGAAGAUUCACCAUCCGAGAUUAUGCGACAAGUACAAUCAGCAAAAGCCCUCCUCGACAUAGUUUGGCACUUGAAGUGUCUGGUUUUUUCGAGGACAUUUGGUGACAUACAAAAUGAGUUAAAGCUUGGUGUUCUUCCUGCGCUGUUAUUUCGUUAUCCAGCUCUCAUGACUGACAAGCAGAGAUACCUCUUCGGUACUGGGGAAAGACGGAUAAAAACCAUCGCAGAUGCUUUGUCGUUGCUUGAAGAUGCCCAUUUUCAACUAAACUUUGACGAAACCAUCCAUUAUUUGGAAGAUGCCAAACGCACAGAAAUAUGCCUAGAUCGUGCGGCACGGGAUUUCGCGAAGAAGUUGAACGUAAAGGCAAAGAAACAACAUAAAAUUCCCGUUACAGACAACAACUCACCUAUGGAUCUACACCUAUUGAAUCAUAGCAAGGCUGAGCUGGAGCGAUCUGGAAAUCUGCCGAUUCUGAAGUUGAAAAAUUCGGCAAAGAAGCACAAAUCCAAGGAAAUAUAGAGGCACAAGUCAAGCACUCAAAAGGCAGACGUGGCCACUAUUGAGUUUCGGAUUCCAACUUUGCUGGUAAGAUUCCCUCCUUCCAAAGAACCUCAACCUCCCAACUAACGUUUCUAUGUAGAAGGGCGAACUUUGGUGGUUCCGAGAGAAUGUGCAAAAUACAACGACGCUGGGAUGUAUUUGUACGUAGGAGGUAUUGACCCCGCUGUCACCGAGGGGGAUAUAGCAUCGCUGUUUGAGAUGUUUGGUAAAAUUAAAUAUGUGAAGUU